GGUUUCAUCCGGUCCGCAAGCAGAAUGUACCGAAGACCCUCGAGUUCCUGACGAUAGACUCGCGCAUGAUGCCGUAUCCUGCACGGAGGCGGAGCAAAGUCAUGGCGCGGCUCACGAAUCUAUUGUUGGAGGUCUCGAUCGCACCAGGUACGCAACAAGCGAGAAGGUUCUUGUUGUCCUUCAUUCUUCUGGUUGCCUGGAUUGGCCUUUAUGGGGACCUUUUGGGCGCUGGCCUGUCAGACAAUGGCUUGCGACCUGACAAGGACUCUUUUUUGGCCCGCAUGGGCUUCCGUAUCUCUGUCCUAGUAGCAACCCUUCUGGUCACCGAAACCACUCUUAUCCUUGUGAAUGGCACAGUUGUCUACGGAUCUAUGUUCUUACAUCAGAAGGCCUUUCUGCUGGGUUUCUUCACAUCAUGGGCCAUCUUUGCUGUGCUGAUCUUGGCACACUCCUCAGAAAGUCGAAGCUGGCUUUUGUAUGUGGUGCCCAUUUGCGCAGCUGGCCGACUCUUGAUGAUUCCUGUCAUCAGAGCCGAACGGGUAAAGUUCACUCGCAUGGCUGAUAUGGCCAGAUGUAAGAGCAUCUCUCUCGCGACGAUCCAAAAAGCCAUUGGCGAGACGCCGGAACGGGAACUGAGUCAAAAGCAGCGAAAGCGAUUGCUGCGGUUGGCAGAGCAACAGGAUCUGAAUCAACAGCGACCUUUCUGGGAAGAGGUGGAUGUGAGUCGCUUCCUCCGCGAUGCUGGUGCUGAGCUUUCUGAGCACAGCGGUGCAGCUGGAACGGCGGCUUUGCUAACAGGAGUUGUUGCCCGAAUCGGAGGCACAUCUGCCUUCAACAACUAUGGUAUUUUCGCCACCUUUAGCAGCGGAUGUUACUAUUUGCUGGCCAGCGACACAGCAAAUUUCCUGCUUUUCAGCAUGGCCUGCUUUAUGGACGGCUGCAUUGGCCCAUUGCAGGCUGACUUGAUCUCUUCGUUGACCAAUUCCAUCAUUGGUAAAGAUGAGAAUGCAGCGCUCCACGAUAUUGCUUGGUACUGUGGUAGUCUUCUGUUGAACCUGCUGUGCUACGGAGCCCUUGUCAGAUCCUAUGCGAACAUUUUGUCAAGAGGCACAUCGUGGGUUCAGAUGCAAGUGGCUGAGAAGAUGUUAGCCAUGAGCUCGAAAUACGCGAGCACCUAUGGCUCAGGCUCCAUUAAUGCCACCUUCGCAUCAGAUAUUCUGCGGCUUCAGGAUCUUUGGACAGGUAUCAUGUGGUCGCUCCUCUCACCUCUCUCCCGCGUCUUGAUCACCAUCGUCUAUGCCUUCACUGUGUCGCCACAGGUGGGGGUUCUGGCCCUGUCAGUCUUUCCGAUCAUCUUUGUGACGGUACCACAGGGCUCUUCUUCUGUUCUUGCAGCCUCCUAUUCAUUGGCAGCAGCUGAAACAAUUGACAUUUUUCAGAAUGGUGUCAGUUGCCAGCGGAUGCUGUGGCAGUGUGACCGACAGCACUACUGGUUUCUCACAUAUUUGAUGCCCUUGAUCAAAGACCAGGAGGUGAAGCACUAUGAGAUGCGGAAGAAGGGUGGCAUAGUGCAGGGUUAUGUGCAACAGCUGGUCAACAUGUUUGUAGCUGUGCACAUUGUGCUUUUAGCAUGGUUGGCGGUGAAAGGAGGGAUCACCGUCCCCGAGUUCACGGGCUUCGUUUCGUUGCUCUCCUCUCUAGCCGCCCCAAGCAUCAGCUUGGGCUCCUUCUACCGAGUGGCGGUCACCUGGUGCCGAAAUAUGAGGCAACAACUGUGGAAUGGCGAUCAUUUAUCACUAUUGAUACUAUUUUGCACUAUAUACACACAGAAUGUUAGCUUUCUAGCUUUCUUGAGGGUUUAUUGUUUACUAUAA